AUGACGCAAAUCUCGCAGGACUUCGAAGUUCAGCACCUUCUGCAGCAGCUGCACUUGGCCAACAGCGACAUCGAAGCGCUUCAGCACAGCGUGGCGGAGCUGAAGAACGAGGACCAGCUGCGGAGCCAACAGUACGAACGAAAACUCUUGCAGUACAAGAGCAGGGUAGAAGCUGAACUUCAAGAAGCGAGUGGCCGCGAAUCGGAGCUGGAGAUCAAAUUGAAAGCAAAAAACCAGGAAUGCGAUCGCCUUGGUCAAGAGUCCUUGAAGACCAAAGAUCUACAAGAGAAGGUCCUUGCCCUCCAGGCCAAACUUGAAGAGAGCCAGCGACAGCGCAGCACUGCAGCCGUCGCUGAUUUGGAAGCGGCAGAGCGCCGUGCGGCUGAAUUGGAGAGGCGGAUUGCUUCGACGCAAGAGGAGCCCCUGGUCUUGCGAUUGACAAGGGACAACAAGGGGAAUGACAAGGAGGAUGAGGAGGAUUUCAAUACUCACGACAUCUAUGUCGAUACUUCGCACGAGCAUCAGCUGACACUGCAGCGUACCACAAAGGCGCGCUUGGAAGCAGCCACGGCGAAAGCGCAGGACUUUGAACUUCAAUGCCAGACUUUGACGCUGAAACUCGAGAAGCUUCAGGCCAGGUCCGAGGAGAACGACCUGAAGUUCGAUCGACAAUUGGCCCUGCACCGCGAGGAAGUCUGUAGCGCCUUUUCGCGAGUUCAAGAGUUAGAGCGGCAGAUUAAUCGCCGGAAAGUCGAGGAGGAACGAUUGGAGCAGGACUUGGGCACCAAAACACGUGAAGUGGAAGACUUACAGGUGGAGCUCCUGAAGGGUCAGGAGCAGGAAAGGAAAUGCAGUGAACUUGCGAUGGAAUGUGAAGACUUGAAGGGACAAAUCCUGACAUCAAAGCAGGAACUUGAGAAGGAGAAGACACUUUCCAGUGAUCUUGAAAAGAAGCGCGAAGAAUUGCAGGCUCAGCUUGAAGCAUCCAAGCAAACCUUCGAGGAACAGCUCCAAAGCUCAAAGCAGGAGUUUGACAGCGAACGUGAGCACCUGGAGGCCCAGCUUCAAGCAUCUAAGCAGGCGUCAGAGGAGCUGGAGCAAGAGAGUACUCGCUUCAGCGAACUGGAUACUCGAUGUGAGCAGUUGGAGGCUCAACUUCAAGCUUCCAAGCAAGCAAUGGAGGACUUGGAGAAGGAGAAGGGCCGCUGUCUUGAGCUUGAGGCGCAGCUACAGAACUCAGAGCAGGAACUGGUGGAAGAGAGGACGAGGUCCAUUGAGCUGGACAGAAGGUGUGGAGAAUUGGAGGCCCAGCUGCUGUCAUCAAAACAGGCCUUCGAGGAACAGACAGAUGCCAUGGAAGAAGCCCGCGCCCAUGUGGAAGGCCUUAGCAAAUCGUUGAAGGAAAGCAGAGAAAAAUGUGACGGGCUUUGGUUGAGGAAGGAAGACUUGGAGCUGAAGCUGAGCGAUGUGCAGAACUCUGCUGCUGAGCAAAUCACUUUCUUCCAGGAGCAGCUGAGGGCCUCCAAAGAUGCGGCCCAAGCACGGGACGAGAGCUUCAGGGAGAAGUUGGCCGAUCUCAGUGAAGCCAAACGCCAGGUAGCAGAACUGCAGCAGAUGAUCAAAGAACGAGAUGCAGAGAUCGAAAACUACGAGGAGAUCUUGAAGCAACCGACCAUGGACCUGCAGGCACCGAGCGAUCCAUUGGAGGGCCUUCAACUGGAGCCGGUCCGACCAAAGGUAACACUUCACUUGGACGUUGCCAAAACCACCUUGAGCCCAACCGGCAACAGCCCGGGCAGUCCGUGCGCGCCUGGGGGAUUGAUGCGAUCCAAAGGGCUCCACCAAGGAGUGAGCGUGCAGCACAUUUGCGGAUCCUUCGUCGAGGACGUCGAGGCAGCAGGUUCUAGCCCAGCCUCGCCCAUCUACGAAGCUCGGAUUGGAGGGGAACUGGAAAAGCUGGUGGCGAAAUGGACGGCUGCGGCCGUGUGUCCUGUCGAUGGGCAGCUCGGAGCUGCCUACGUCUAUGGCUUGGAAGGCUGGGUCCCACCUUGCCGAGUUGCUACACCCUUUGCCGGCGGAGUGCGGAGCAGCAUGUGUAAGUCCGAAACUUACGUGUUGGAUGCCAGCUUCAACCCCGAAGAGUUCGUGGAAGACAUCAAGAAGGCGAAGGCUGCUGUGGGAGAAGCAACCGAAGAGGAUGCUCAACACCUGCAGCACUUGGUGAUGAUUUCCCAAGUCUUGCUCUAUGAGGGCCACAUUCUGCUACUUGCAGGUGCUGCCAUGCCAUGGGGCAUCAAUAUCCUUUUGUUGUGCGCUGCGGCCUUCAUGAUCGCCUAUGCCAGGUGCAUGAAGUGGGCCAUCAUUGGACACCACGUGUCCCAUGGAGGUUUCGACAGCUUGCAGAAGAAUCAUCCUAACGCCCUUCCCAAGCACUACAAGCGUGGGGUCUUUGCCAUUGGCUUCCGAAGGUUCUUGGACUGGUUGGACUGGAUGUUGCCACAGGCCUGGGAUGUGGAACACAACAAGGCCCACCACUACUACCUCUCGGAGGAGAAGGACCCGGACCUCGUGGAGCACAACUUCGAGUUGCUACGCGCCUUCCCGUUGCCCAGGGCCAUGAAGUAUGCUUCCAUGGUGAUGUGGGUCUUCACGUGGAAGUUCACCUACUAUUCGCCCAACACCUACAAGGAAUUGGCCCUCUCCAAAAAGGACAGCUGGCUGGCCAAAAACUGGCCCAGCUGGGGCAAGAAAACGGACCCCGUGGUGGUCUUCGAUAUCUUCCGCAUGCCGGCCAUGGCAGUUUGGAAUGGAAAGCCCUUGGAUGCCUUCUACUGGUUCGCCUUUUUUGCUGAGUGGAGCCUGGCAAUCUUGCCCAUGCUGGUCUCCGUGGCGCUCCCUGCAGUUUGGCCACUUUUGCUUGGCCGUGCAGGCUUGUGGUUUGGUGCCACCACUAUGCAGCAGGCUGCUACGCGGGCCCUGGUGACAUCUGUGGUGGCUGACAUGUUGUCGAAUGCCCAUGCUUUCGUCAUCAUUGCCUGCAACCAUUCAGGAGGCGACCUCUACAGGUAUUCCACAUCUUGCAAGGCUUACUCCGCAGAAUUUCUCCUUCGUUGCGCCUAUUCCUCCGCCAACUUUGAAUGUGGGAAUGAUCUCAUUGACAUCACCUAUGGAUGGCUCAACUACCAGAUUGAGCACCACAUGUAUCCGGACAUGACUCCUUUGCAAUACCGGAAGUUUCAGCCACUGGUCAGGAGCAUUUGCAAGAAACAUGGGGUGAUGUAUGUGCAGGAGAAUGCCUUGAAACGUACUUGGAUGAUGUUUCAAGUGGCAGUGGGUGAUGCGGCCAUGAAGCGGUGCACCGCAUUGGUGCCUCCGCAAGCCUACGGAAAGAACAUCUCAGAGGUUGAAGGUUCCAAAGUAGCUGAUUCAUUGAAGCAACAUUGCAAUGAAGUUGGCACAUCCACGGACAAGGCCUUCAUUUGGUUGAAGACCCUCUGCUGGAACCUGCACCGCAACGAGAUCACAGAUCCCAUGGAGAUGAAAAGCCUGACGGAUGAACGGAUUCGGAGCAUUGGUCAUGUCUUGGUCUUGCUGACCCCAUGGGAUGAGCCCGACUAUUUCCAGCGGAAAUGGUGCACCAUGGAGAUGGAGCUGGCUCUGUCACUGUCGCAGCUGUCAGCUUUCGAAAGCCCGAAGCAAGUCACGACGACGGUGACGGUGCUCACAACUUUGCAGGAGUUGGAUCGCCUGGGUGAAGCCAUUUGCACCUCGAGUUCCGUGGUGCCUCAGGUGUGGCAGCGCUGUGCUGCCUUGUACAAUCGCGGUGUGUCUUCAGCAAUCGAUUUUGCUACAGCAGAGGAACUUGGUCGGGCACCUCCGGAGCCACCUCAGCCACCACCACCGGCACCGGGUGCUAGGGGUGAGUGGAGGUGGGUUUGGGUCCCAGAGCAGGCUGACGUGAGGGACAGGCCUGCUGGUGAUUCUGAGCCAACUUCGGCGUCUCGUCCUCGGUUGACAUCUUCUUCAGUGGCACCAGUGCCAAGGCGUUCUGAUCGAUCUUCGGCGGAAACUCCGACAGGGGUGGAAGGCAGGAGCUCACGGGACUCGGCUGGUGUUGUGGAGGGACGUUCAUCCAAUCGGGCAGCAACAUCACCUCGCGCAGAGCGCGAAAGGGAAGUUCCAUCUCAUCCAGCAACAUCACCUCGCGCAGCGCGCGAAAGCGGCGAUCCAUCUCGAUUGGUGACAACAUCAACUCGCGCAGUGCGCGAAGGUGGAGAUCGACCUCGACCGGCGGAAGCAUCAGCUCGCGCUGUGCGCGAAGAUCGAACUCGGCCGGCGGAGACAUCAGCUCGCGCUGAGCGCGAAAGAGAGGUGAGGACAUCUGGAACAGCUCGCGCAGAGCGCGAUACAGCCUCAGCAUCGACUCCAGUGACCACAAGGAGGACCAUUCGAGUUCCGGCCAGGACAUCAUCGACGGCAGGGACCAGUGAAGUUUCUCGCACCGGGUCAAGGGGAUCGUUGAGGCCUGCGGAGCCUAAGGCUGCUCCAAAGGCAACAGUGGUGGCCAAGGCAAAGGCCGAACCUCGUUCAUCUCCAGAUUCAUCGGUGGCAUCUACUCGCCCAGGAACUUCGGUUGAGCGACCGCUCAUAGUUCUUGAUUGGCAUCGGACGCUGUCCUUUGAGUCUCAGAGUGGUGGAUCCUACGUGCCCGAGAGGGUGAAGCAGACGCUUCGACGAGCUCAGUCAUUGGGCUACGAUCUUGGCAUUUGCUCCUUCGCAUCGGCGCCAGCCACUCAGUCCAGGGUGCUUCGUGAGGCACGUGAUCUUGAGACUGAGUUGACACGAGCUUUCAGGUUCAUCCACGUGGUCAACCGGAAGUUCACUUCGGAUCCUGCCCGUGACAGGCCAUCGCUCACGGGCUGUGCCACAUCUAAGGCAGAAGAAGUCUGCCGUGUGGGGGCGGCCAUUUUUGUGGACGACCAGCGCUCCCUCCUGCAGGAGGUGGAGCAACUUCAGGCUCGUCGAGCCGCUGGCAACAGGUGUCGGGUGUUGAUCUCGCACGCCAAUCGGCCAUCGGCAGCUCUUGAGGAGCUCGACGAUCUACUGGAGGAGGAGUCGGCUGCAGAUUUCGGGUUGCCCAGCUUCUUGCGAAGAGGCGAUAUCUUUGGCGAACAGGCUGAAGAGAGGCUACAGGCAGAACUUGAGGAUAGCCGCAAGUCGGCUGAGGGCCAAGUGAACUUCGUGAAGUUGCAGGCCGAAUCUGAAAGACAGAGGGCUGUGGCGGAGCUCAAGGAACUUAGCUCCAAAUUGGAGGUGAUCAUGACCCAUCCUGAACGGGUAGGUGUGGCAGCUAGCAGCGCGUCUAUCGCAGCUGCGGCCGCGGCACCUAUGGCGAUCUCAGCGAGGUUUCCUGGAGAUGAAACUGAUGAAAGUGUUUACAAGCACAAGCACCUCAAGUCCAUUCAGAUUACCAAGCUUCCCAACGACGCGACUUCGUGUCGCGAGUGGCGUGCGGCAUUCUUGGCCGCAGUUAGCAGGGUUGACAUGACGAACCGGGAUGUGCUAGUGAAGUUUGCCACAUGGUGCAUGGAAGGUGGUCGAGGUAGACGGUUCCGAGAUUAUCUUCAGAGUUCGAAUGACUUUUUGUUAUUCAAUAAACAUGUGGCGGCCGAGCUGAUUAAACCAGAGGUGUUGGCCACAAACUCAGAGCUAGCGCACGAACUCACGUCGUGGGUGGAAUCAUGUUCAGCGAAACAGCAGGGACCCAAAGGCAUGGCUCUCAUGCACAUCAUUAUUGCCUUUUACGAAACAGGUCCGGACCAAUCCAUCGCUUUGAACCAAAUGCAUCUCUUACAGCUCCAAUUGCAGGGAAAGACUGCGAAGGAUCUUGCAGAGUUUGUGAAACGUGGCAAUUACAUCUUGCAUGGCUUGCGCCCAGGAGACCGCCCUGCAGAGGCGACACUCUACAGCUGGCUUUGGCAUCAGGUGAAAGCCGUUCCGAUGCUGAGGAGGUGCACUGACAAAAUCAGAGAGUCCUCAAAUGGAUCCCGUAGGAGAACCUUUGGAUGGUUAUGGGGAAAGAUUGCCGAAGAACUCCGUGAGAGGAGACAUGACCUUAACUAUGAAAACAUGGGUCAGGGGUUGAAGUCAUCCCCACCAGCUCAACUGGCUUUGCCGGCAUCGUCCUCAACAGGUGAGACGAAGGUUGCUAAGGUCACCAAGACAAAGACCACUGCCAAGAAGGACACAAAGUCAGCUGCUGCUGCUCCUACUGAGGAUUCACGAAGGAAUGUUUGUGCACUCCAUGCUGCUGGGCACUGCAGAUUUGGAACAAGAUGUAGAAACACACACAUCGGUGAGGCCGGGUCUGAUGAGGCCAGACGGGCAUACUCAGAAGCCCAGAAAGGAAAGGCAAAGGGUCAAGAGAAGGGGUCAAAGGGAGAUGGCAAAGGUAAGAAGGGCAAGAAGGAAGACUCUAAGGCUUCGAAAGGUGGCACUGGAACUCCGGCAGCUGUUUCCACCGUUACGAUCACUGAGGUCGAAGGGAAACAAGCCCAAAAGACAUGGCAAUCCUUUUGCAAGUUCUGUGACAAAGCCCUUCCUUCUUUGAAUACCUUCUUGAAGCUAUCGGUUCCCAUUUUGGCUACUUUGAUCUCAUCAAUUACCAAUUCUUACGAAAUGAUUGGGGAGAAAGCAGCGGCUUCUAUGGUUGAUCCUGCAGUGCAAAAUUUCAAGAAGUACUCCUUAGAGUUUCUUGGAGACACAGGUGCAGCCCACGACAUUGGCAGUUUGCGGGCAUUGCAAGACCAAGGAUUGUCUAAGGACAUGGUUGUGCCUUGGAUGAAAGCACUGAAGAGCCCUGUGCGGUUCGCCACUGGAGGAGGGCCGCAACUCUCCACUGAGGAACUUCGUGUGUACACCAAGGAACUGGGUGACUUUCACAUCCAUCUCCUUGAGAGCUGCCCCAUGGCCUUAUCAAUAGGGCGUCAAGUCAGCCGUGGACGCACUUUCAUAUGGCAGCACGGUCAAAAGCCGUACAUUGCCUUAGAUCACCGUCGUUGUCGUGUGUGGUGUCCUUCUGAAAACAGGUGGUACGCCAACAGGGUCCAAAACAACGUCCCGAUCUUUUCUGUUGAUUGUCCGUUGAAACCUGGAAGAGUCAUCAGGGAUAGUGCUGCUUGCGUUCAGUUAGAUCAGCCAGCGACAUGCGCAAACAUGACCACUGAAGAUUCCAAUUCUCAAUUUUGUGGAUCGCGUUUGGAAAGACAAUAUGCAUCCGUAUGUCAUGACACUGCUGUGGAACAUACUGAACCAAUGAAAGACUGCACUGAAGAUCCAUUGUGUCUCGCGCCAAUGCGCGAUCAUGAGCAUGAUGAAGACGUCCCACAAGUUGACACAGUAGAGUUGCCAGCUCAUCCAAUGGUGUCGGAUACUGAGCAACGUCGGAGAAAACACAGGAAGGAGAAUCGACGGAGGAAGUGGGAGAAGUUGAAGAGGCAGAAGCCAGAGGCUCCAGUCCGCAAACCCAUCAUCAGGGGGGUUGAAGCCGUAGAGUUCAAUGACUUCAGCGAGAGCACUGCUGAGAUGGCGGUUCCAGAACCACAUCACCCAGGACUUCCAGGAUCAAGAACACGCCUCACUGGUUUCUACCCCAAGGAGAUGUGUGAGUAUGUAAUGCAUGCGAUGUAUCCUGACAUCAUUUCACGACAUGCCCCAGCCAUGCCAGUCACAGAAGUGAUAGGGCAAACAAUUGAACACCGGGAGCGUGAGCCUGAAGAGGGACGAGAUGGUGGUGUCUUCAUUUACGAUUCAGUCGACCCCCUUGCAGCAGCCGCAGCUGAGGGCCUGGAUGAACCUGCCGAUGAUGAGGCUGAGGACGAAGAGGUUGUGUACAGUAUUGCAAAGGAGUUUGGAAGCAUCAUUGAGGCUGACCACAUUUUUCCAGCGGUUGAGUCUAGGGGGCUUGGUGGUGAACAGUCCGCCCUCUUAGUGCGUGACAGAUACUCUGGAAUGUGUUUGACAUACCCUCAACGAACACGCAAUGAAGAUAGCAACUAUGAUGCGUUGAAACAUUUUGGUGGCAACAAGUUGAACGGUAACCCAGACGUUGUAUUCCACUCCGACACAGCCCAGGAAUUGACCAAUGCUGCAUCAAGACUGGGAUGGGUGGCUGAUCCAUCAGCCGCCAAUCACUGGCCACACAAUGCCUUUGUUGAAAGAGAAAUCAGGACCAUCAAGGAGAUGUGCAGGCCAUCGCACCUGCAGGCAGGCUUCCACAGAAGGCUUUGGACCAUUUCCAUCGAGUACACAGCCACUGCAAGAUCCUUCUUCACUCCGGCUCCGAUCACGGAGGAUGAGAGAGACACGGAAGAGGGAAAGAAGAAACUUGGUAAGACGCGAUGGGAAGUGGCCACAGGUAAACCUUUUGAUGGCGUCUCUUAUCCACUAGGCGCAUUGGUUUUCUAUCGUUCCAAGGGGGACGGCAUGGCAGAGCCCACAACUCGUCCGGGGUUGUUUGCCGGUUGGCACCUAUCCCCUGGGCUUCGGUAUCGUGGCAAUGUGAAGAUUUUGGACUAUGAGUCUGUCAGAGAGAGAGGACAUUUGCACUGGCAGCCACGUGUGAUGCAUGAGAAGGAGGUCUAUUUCCCUCCAACAGAAUACAUUGAAUUUCCUCUUGCAUUAGCUGCACAAAAUGCCAUGUUGCAAAUGACGGAUGAGGAGAAAGAAGUCAAGAAAGCCAUCUAUGAUAGAUCUUUCGUGGAAGGGGUUUUGCCAUAUGACGUGUGCAUUGAUUCUUUUCCUGUUGACGAUGGUGUUGAAACUGAAUAUGAACCAUCCAUAGCUCCAGAUCAAUUCCCUGAAGAUGAAGUACCCAUAUGCCCACCGAGGUCAGAGGUUCUCUCGCGUCCUGACGCGAUAGCCGCGAUCAAGAAGGAGUUUGACGGUAUUGGGGACAUGGGCACAUGGGAUUUGGGAUCGGUUGAGGAGGAAGAGACGGUGAAAAGGUUGCCCAGAGAAGUUUGGCCGGAAACUUGGUUUGACUCAAAUGGAAAGCCUUUGUACCGGAGGCCAGUCAUCAGGCUGCUUCGCAGCUUGUAUGGGCAUCCAGAAGCUGGAGCACAUUGGGAAAGGAAGCUGGAGCAAGAGUUGGUAAACAUGGGAGCCACGAAGAUUCCAGAAUUCCCAAGCACAUAUGUGUUUCCUUCCUACGGGCAUUUGGCUUUGGUUGUUUAUGUGGAUGACUUCGUUUUGAGCGGGGACAGUUCAUACCACGAUUCCUUUUGGGCAGACCUUUCUAAAAGAAUCAUGUUGGAUGACAUCGGUGACCUAGGUAGGUUCUUGGGGAGACAUCAUUCAACAGUGGAGUUCAGAAAUCAAGAACUAUUCGCAUUCGACAUGCGAGCCUAUGCUGAGAGCAUUGUCAAUGACUAUGUUCGACUGAUAGGUCACGCAAAACUGAAGAGAGUUAGCACACCAUUUCUCUCAAAGACCACUGUGCUUGAGGAGGCUCCGACUAAGGGCGAACUUUCAGGUUCAGCCAGCUCGGUCCUUAUGAAACUGAUGUGGUUGGCGCGAUUGUCGCGGCCUGAUAUGCUGAGAGUAACCACUUGGUUAGCUACUAAGGUGCAACAGUGGACCACGGAGUGUGACAACCAUCUUUUCAGGGCGAUUAGUUAUUUGAAUGAAACAAAAGACCACUUACUCACUGGCCAUGUAGAUGAUGAUUUGAAUGACAUCUAUGUUGAGCUGUUCUGCGAUGCAGACUUUUGUGGUGAUGACGAGCACACAUAUUCCACAACUGGUGGGUGGGUACAGCUAAGUGGAAAGAGCACCAGUUUUCCACUGACCUGGAUGUCCAAAAAGCAAGGUGCGGUCUCCAGAUCGACAACUGAAGCUGAGGCUGCAGCGAUGGCUACUACUUUAUUUGAUGAAGGUCUGCCGUUGCUAGAGCUGUUUUCAGUAUUAUUCAGAAAGUCAGUGCGCUUGUUAAUCAGAGAAGAUAACGAAGCCACAGCAAAGGUGGUUUCUGCUGGCUAUUCCAAGCGUUUGCGACAUAUGAAGAGAACACAUCGUAUAAACUUAGGUAGCCUCAAAGAGGAACUGGACAAGGACGAUGUGGACUUGCAACUAGUUGCCAGUCGCUACCAGAAAGCCGAUAUCUUCACUAAAGGAUUGGCAGGUGAACUGUGGGGACCCGCGUUGGACCUUCUGGGAAUAAUCAAUGGAUAUGUGGUCACUCGGACCACGAACACUGGUUUGAAGAUCCAGGAGAAUUUUGAUGAGUCUCUGCAGCCUUCCUAUGCUGAGGACAAGUCAAAACCUGUGCCUACUCAGGAUGCUCCGAAGCCUAAGGCCAAUGUGAGAAAGAAGUACAAGAAGAAGGCCCCACGCAUUCUUCCAUACCAGUGCUUGGAUCACAGCAUCACUGCGCACUUCCGCGCCUGGAUCGCCACCAGCGCCGAGACCUGGCUGCAUCAGCGCCUGGCGCAGGGACAACACGACGGCGGCGUGGCGGUGGCCGUGUUGGCCGUGGCCUGCGACACAGUGGGAUGGUUGCUGCGGGAGGUGUCACUUCACCACCGUGCUGCAGCUCUUUUGCAGGAUGCUUUGCAGCUGGCCCUCUGUGGUAGUGACAUGGAAGGCUCAAGUUCUCCGGUGUUGUGCUGCUUGGGCACCACCAUGGGAUGUUGUUGCAACCAAACCGAACUGCUUCAGUCCUGUGACAGUGCGAUCCAAGCCCAUCAGCAGAAGGGCACCCUGGAGACGAUGGCUGGUAUGGAGCUUCUUUCAUCCUUCGGAGCUGCUAUGUGGAUGUCGGGAGAUCCGGAGGGUGCAGCACGCGCCCUGCAACAAGCCGUCUUCAUUCGCGUGGCCAAUCGCACGCUGGACAAUCCUCAGGGCGCCAUGUUGCUGCGCAAUUUCGGUGUGAUGAAAUGGGCCAUGGGUUUCCAUAAGGAAAGUCUGGAGCUUUUCGAAGAGGCCAAGCGGGUGCGCAAAUGUGGCCAUCUCAGUCAGUUGAUGUCCAGCAUCGCCCUGUUGGGUGAAAGAACCGAGGCACUGGGUGCUUUUGCGGAGCUCAUGAUGAACAUGGGCUACGCCAAGGCCGAACUGGGCGACUUCCAAGGAUCCCUUGAGGCUUUCCAGGAGGUACUGGCACUGCUGACAGUGGGAUCAGCUUCCUCAUCCAUGACUUUUGGUGACAGCAGCUUUGCUUUGCCAGAUCCCUUGGACACCAUGCCAUGUGGCGCCACCCUCAUCAGCAGCAUUGCCGUGGCCAAGGGAAAUCUGGGCCGAUACGCCCGGCACCACAGUGCUUAUUCUCGCGCGCAGCUCAUUCGCAAGAGUACCAAGACUAUGUGCUCACCCGCAGGUGCCGUGCUGUUGCGUAACAAGGGCAUGGCCCAUUUCGGACGCAAGGAGUAUGCUGAGGCUUUGAGCGCGUACCUUGCAGCCAAGGAGAGACAUUCGUCAAGAGCUGGGACCUCGGUGACGUCAAAUUGGCGUCGCAUGGCGACCUCGCCCCAUCGCCACGUCGCCACGAGGACGGGAACGCUGAAGACCUCUGGGGGAGCAAAUCUUCUGAGCAAUUUGGCCUCAGCCCGGGCGAAGACGGGUGAUGGAAUUGUGGCGGUGGAGGAUUGCCAACGCGCGUGCGAUCUUCACAAACAGGUUGGAACCUUGCAGACGCCUGGUGGACAAGCAGUUUGGACACCCAGCGCAGCAUUCCCACAAAAGUCAGGCCUGGUCACGAUGCCAGAGUGA